AUGGAAGAACUGAGGGAAGUCACAUACCAAUAUGCCAAUGUAGCAGACCCUACUGAAUCAGCAGCAAGAUGUCGACGGGUCUUACAAAGUGAAGCCAAGGGGCUUAUGGAGGAGACAGCAGCUCGCACAGUAGAAACCGCAAGCAACAACUUGCGUGUCUACGAAGAGAGAAACAUGGCUAACGCCUCUGAUGCUUCCUUUACUCUUAACACACCAACACUUGUAGGCAAUGAGGAGGUCUCACAAACCCCUGCAGCGGUCAGAAGAACUCGUAGCGGCACUACUGCGUUCAGAAGAACACAAGCUAGCCCACGCCUCUUUACGGGGAACCCCAUGACAAUCCAGAGACUCAAGGACCUGCAAAAAGAAUGUUCCCCUGACAUCAUUUUCCUUUCUAAAACAAAGAACCAAGAUGAUUUUGUUACAAAAGAACUGAAGGACCUGAAUCUCGAAAAGCAGUUUCUGGUAUCUCCCAUCACACCAGGUUCUGGAGGCUUGGCCCUGCCGUGGAAGAAGGUUGUGGAUGUCAGUAUCAAUUCAUCUAAUCCAAAUUUCAUUGACAGUCUUAUCUCUUUCAAAGGGAAAUCUUUCAAUGGUACCUUCGUAUAUGGAGCCCCAAACAUCUCUAAACAUCUGGAUGUUUGGACUCAACUGUGUGACCUCUCUGCUUCCCGCGACUUCCCUUGGUUCCUCACUGGUGACUUCAACGAGAUCACUGACAAUUCUGAGAAGUCAGGGGGCUUGGAAAGGCCUGAGAGCUCCUUGAGCAACUUCAGAUCCUUCCUGUCACUGUGUGACCUCUUUGAUCUUAAGCACACAGGUAAUUUUCUCUCUUGGAGAGGACAGAGACACUCUCACCUUGUACACUGCCGUCUUGAUAGAGCAAUGGCGAACAGCUCCUGGUCUGAUAUGUUCCCAAAUGGCAGGUCCCACUAUCUCAAAUUCGAGGCAUCAGACCAUAGGCCACUCGUCUCCACUUUCGACUCUAAAAGAAAAAAGAAGGCUCGUAUAUUCCGCUAUGACCGUCGCCUGCGUGAUAAUGAUGAGAUUAGUGCUCUAAUUUCAAAAGUAUGGAAUGACAAUCCAGAGCUUACAGUCUCAUCUCGAAUUAGCAAGUGUAGACACGCAGUUUCGGCUUGGAGUAAAGAAUUCCACUCCAAUAGAAAGAAGCUAAUUCUCGAACUGAAGAACUCACUUGAUGUAGCUCUGGCCUCUCAUAUCGUAGAUGAUGCUCUGAUCUCCCUUCUCAAUAUGAACCUCCUCAAAGCUUAUAAAGCAGAAGAAGACUUCUGGCGACAGCGCAGCCGCCUCCUUUGGCUCACCCUGGGAGAUAAAAAUACCAGUAUUUUUCAUGCGGUGACAAAGAGGAGAAGGGCACGCAACAAAAUCUCAGUUAUUGAGGGAGAAGAUGGCUCACUGGUUUACGAGGAUAAUCAAAUAGCAAUAGCCAUUGGAUCCUAUUUCCAGGAAAUCUUCAAGUCUUCAGGCAACUCAGCCCUAGAGGUGGUAAACAAAGCCAUUAAGUCGUUUAUCUCUGCAGCUACUAAUGAGAGAUUGACACAAAUCCCCUCACCUCAGGAGAUUAGGGAUGCUAUGUUCGCAAUCCACUCGGACACGGCCCCGGGCCCGAUGAUCCAAAGCCAUAAAACGGUCUCAGACUACAGACCUAUUGCCCUAUGUAACGUAUACUACAAGAUUAUCUCGAAAAUACUAUCUCUCAGACUCAAACCGGUGCUGCAGGAGGUUAUUUCAGAGAACCAAUCAGCUUUUGUACCUGGGCGUGCUAUAUCUGACAACGUCCUCAUCACGCAUGAAGUGCUCCACUUCCUUAAGACGUCAGAGGCUGUCAAGCACUGCUCAAUGGAGGUCAAAACAGAUGUUAGUAAAGCUUAUGACCGUCUUGAAUGGUCUUUUAUACGUACAGUAUUUGAAAGAAUGGGAUUUUGCUCUACCUGGACCAAUUGGCUUAUGGAAUGCAUCAAAAGGGUCUCAUACUCUUUCCUUCUCAAUGAUGAAGCGGUAGGCUCUAUUACUCCACAGCGAGGCAUCACGCAGGGAGAUCCCUUGUCCCCCUACAUCUUCAUUAUCUGCGGGGAAGUCCUCUCUGGUCUCUGCAAAAGUGCACAAGAAGAAGGAUCACUACCAGGAAUAAAGGUGGCAAGAAAUAGUCCAAAAAUCAACCAUUUAUUGUUCGCAGAUGACACCAUGAUAUUCACAAAGACUAAUACCUUUGCGUGCAAUAGUCUCAUGGAGAUUCUACACAGCUACGAAGCCGCUUUGGGACAAAAGAUAAAUGGUAUGAAAUCUCCAUAUCUUUCUCCAAGAAAACGCCUGCAGACAUUCGAGCUAGAGUUAAAUCUCAACUGGGUAUUGAGAAAGAAUGAGGAGUUGGCAAGGAAAGCAACCAUGAUCCAUGCAGUGUUGUCUCCGAUCCCAUCUUUCGCAAUGACUUGUUUUGAACUGCCGGUAAUCCUUUGCAAACGCAUCCAGUCUGUGCUCAUUCGCUUCUGGUGGGACUCAAAAGACGGGGUUAGAAAGAUCUGUUGGGUCUCUUGGGAUAAACUGACACAACCAAAAAGCAUGGGAGGAUUAGGCUUUAGAGACAUUCAAGCUUUCAAUCAAGCCCUCCUUGCAAAAAUAGGUUGGAGACUGAUCACUAACCCGAGUUGUCUCCUCGCUAAAGUUCUGUUUGGGAAAUAUUGCCACAAGUCUCCCUUCCUCAAGACGAAGCCGACCUCUGUCAUCUCACAUGGUUGGAGAGGAGUCUUCUUUGGAAGAGACCUCCUUAUUAAGCACAUGAUGAAAGCAAUAGGCAAUGGAGAGACGACAUCAGUAUGGAACAACUCCUGGAUCAAACCUGAAACAGACUUAAGACCUAUAGGCCCUGUACUUCUAAAGGACAAUGAUCUAAUGGUAUCUGAUUUACAAGAGAAACCAAAGAAUGGAAUGUUGGCUUGA